GUUUAACAUCGUUAAUAGAGUGAAUUUUAUUUUUAUUUUUUAUUUUUUUCGGAACUUUUAAAUAGUUUUCGGUACUAGGUAUUAAAUAUUUUUGUAAGCCUGUAAGUUUACAUAUUAUUAUGGAAGAGUUUGCAGACGCCAAAGAAGACGAAAAUAAGAAAAUCAUCCACACCUAUCCUCUGGUCCGAGUAAGUAUUUAAUGUGUUUUUUUUUUUUACAUUAUAAUAUUAUAGCUUGUGUAUUAAAAUCAUAAUAUUAUGUUCAUUACGUUACCGCAGGUAUGCGAUAUGUCGGAUGAGAUGAAAACCGAAUCGAUCGAAGUAAUAAUAGCCGCCUGUGAGAAACAUGGAACGGAUUAUUUUGUAAGAUUGUAAUUUUGUUAAAAAAAAUAUUUAUCGAUAAAUCUUUCUGCCAUGCCAGUACCUAACUACAAUAAGGCCACAACUCAGAAUAUUGAUGAUUUUCGUAUUGUUGGUGUCGUAAUUUGUUUAUUCUGUUUUCUGUAUAGUGUAUAGGAAGUAGGUGGCGACUUCCUUAUAUUAAAUGUAAAGUAUAUACUUGUAGCCAUGUCGUUGCAACGACGGUUUCCAAUUCACGACUAAAUGUAAUGUUGCGACAGAGGCCUUAAGUUUCUAAAUUCCUAAGUAUGUGCCUAUAACCUAACUCUGUUGUUAACUCUGGACAUCUUUCUGGCGAAAAUUUUAAAAUACGCCACUGGUUAUGCAGGGCCUAACACUUUUUUCAAAGCAAUCAGACCCGCGAUUACCACAGGUGAUAAAUAAUAAUAUUUUUCAUAUAAGGUACCUAUAUUUUUUAUAGUUUUCAAUGCGGAAUAAUUGCUAUAUAUAUUAAUCUUUAGUACAAUUACACACUUUAUAAUUCCAGUUUACACACAUUGGAUUUCGUAUUAAACACAAUGUAUCGCGUAACACAUAAAAAUAGACCCAAGUAACAUCAAACUGAAGUUACUUGGUAGGUAGGUAGGUAGGUCUACAUUGUAAGGUUGCCAGAUUUUGAAAUCCCCAAUCCUGGACUAGAUAUUGAAUAACCUUAAUCGUACUGUAUUUUCAUUCAUCCUAGCUCUUUCAUCCGACCAAACGUUAUUUAUAAGUUUACUCUCAGUUUCUAUUUACCGGGACAAACUGAAUGACCGGCCAGAACACCGGGACAUGCUAUUAAAACCGGGACUGUUCCGGUUAAACUUGGGCGAAUGGCAACCCUACAGGCAAAUAAACGUAUAAGUAUGUUGUAACUAAUUUUCGAUCAAUACGUCUUAUUCUGUCAGAUCAAAAAUGUAUUUUUAAUAUUUUUAUUAUUGUAUUUUUAUUUGUAUUAGGUAUAUUGUUGUAUUUGUAGGUAGGUAAAUCCGAUUGAUACCCAGUCCUCCACCAUACGCAUUUAUAAUGCAUUAUAUUUUUACUUACAUAAUAUACAAUUUACCCAGACUGUCGUUGCGUGCGUAGGAAAGAAGGGAUUUUAGGAAGUUAGGGAUCCCGGAGUGAAUAUUAGAAAACCCAGGACGUCCUAGAGCGGCUUCUAUUUACCGCGCUGUCAUUGGUUUAUUUCAAAUUUCCCGCAGAUUUCAUUGUGAUCGUGUUUUUUUUCGUGAGUAAAUAUUGAUUAUAACUCGCUACAUUCACUCGGGCUGUUUAAACGAAAAACUCUCGAUUUGUUUUACAAAACCAUAUCGCAUGGGUAAUAAAGGGAAAACAAAUGCAUUUUCGCCCAGGUGGCGCAAUGAAUCCCGAGCAAAAACCGAUUUAAAUGAAAAUCACGCGAAAUUUGAAAUGGACCGAUAAGUACGCGAAACAUUGAGGCCACUCUGUGGCGUCCUAACACGCUCAUAGUAUUGUAUUUUAUAACUACGUGUGAUUUGAACAGACAUCGGCCAAGGUGAUCAAACAGAUGCUGGACAAGAAAUACGAACCGAAGUGGAACGUGGUCGUCGGAGAAGCGUUUGGCAUAGAAAUGACGUACCAAAUCAACACUUGCCUUUACAUGUUUUUCGGAAAUCUCGGAAUAUGCGCUUGGAAAAUUUAAACGGGGUCCAAGACACCUGGCUGUGUGCCGGAUACUUCGCUACAUCCAUCUCACUGUCGCAACCUAACAAUUUUAGUACUUGAUAAAUCUAUGCGAUCCUGUAACACAUUAGCUUUAGAUUUUAUUUCCGUUGUACAAAACGAAACUUGGAUAACCGUAUUUUUCAGUUUAACAAUAACUAAUAAUUAAGUGAUAAACUAUGAUAUAAAACAGAACUUAAAUAAUAAUUAUCCAUAUUACACGUUGCUCGUUUUACACAAUGAUAUUAAUAUUAAUUUACGUAUAAAGUAUGUGUUAUGCUAAAGACGACAGAAGUAUCAGAAUUUUAAUAUAACGUUUAGUUAUAAUAAGAGGUAUUAUAGUGUAGGUAAAACACGCACCUAUAUAGGCUAUAGUCGCGGGAUUUUACAGAUUCCGCUGUUCUAAUAUCAAUUUCACCGGGUAUCGAUUAAAUGACUGAACAUUUGUACUAGUAAUAAUGUGAUAUAAAUCCGGAUCAUCCGAAAAUCCAGAAAUCUGUAUUUCGUAUUUAAAAACCGGAAAUACGGAUUACGAAUUUCAAAAUCUAAAAUUAUGGAUUUCGGACCGAAAAUUCUAAUUUUAGAUUUCCAAAUUAGAUUUUUUUUUUUAAAUCUAUUAUAUAUAUAUUUUUGUAUAGAUCCCUCGUUACAAUUAUAAGUUAC